AACAGAUGCCCGACUGUUGGAUAAACAGUUCCAGUGUACAGGCAUUGCUUACCGGAGACAAACUAAUUUGGACUAAUAUUAUAUAUAUGUCAAUGAUAUUAGCACAAGUUAUAAUCAGUUGAGUGUUUCAGUUUUAAUUACAUGUUAAAACUCCAUCGGAAAAAUAACACAUUUGAGAAAAUAGUUUUAGCUUUCUACGCCUCUUACGUUUAACAUUCAAAAAACAUGGCGGCGGCGUCCUUGAGUGUGAGGCUGCUGAUUGCUUCAGCCAGGUCCGGCUCAUUAUGCAGCUCCUCUGGAAGCAGAGCCCUCCACGUCACUGCAGUGUGCUGCAAGAAUCGAGCAGCCCGGGUCCGAGUGGGGAAAGGAGACAAACCUCUGACCUACGAGCAAGCACUUCCGCCUCAUCACAUUGGCCAUCGCAAAGGAUGGCUGUCACAGAACACCAGUAACCUGAAAGGAGAGGAGGGUGCUGCUGAACGGACCAUAGAGGACGUGUUCGUGAGGCGUUUCAUGUUCGGGACCUUCCACGGCUGCCUGGCCAAUGAGAUUGUGAUCAAAAGGCGCGGCAACAUGCUCAUCGUGUGCGCUUUAAUGCUCCAGAAACUUCCCCCACAGAAGUUUUACUUCUUAAUAGGCUAUUCAGAGUCACUGCUGUCACACUUGUACAAAUGUCCCGUCAAGCUCGAGGUUCAGACCCUGCAGGACAAAGCUGUGUACAAGUACCUCUGAGCUGUGUACAAGUACCUCUGAGCUGUGUACAAGUACCUCUGAGCCGUGUACAAGUACCUCUGAGCCGUGUACAAGUACCUCUGAGCCGUGUACAAGUACCUCUGACGGAUCGGUGUAGUGCUGAGACUGAAUGGUUCUUCUAGAGACUGUGCCCCACCUGCUGGGUUUAGUUCUGGUACAACAUGGUGACUUUGUUCCUGUCUCCAUCUUCUGUUUUCAGUUGUCAAAAGGUGUAUUGCUUUUGUAAAACAAACUCUCAGAAUUAAAGAAAAUUCAAUCAUGCGUGUGAAA